AUGACCACUUUCUCUCUAUCCCCUCUCUCGCUCUAUCUGUACUUUCUAUCUCUCCUCUUUCUUUAUCUCUCAUUUGUCUAUACAUAUAUCUGUAUCCCUCUCUGUAUAUCUCUCUAUAUAUCUCCCCACUCUCUCUCCAUCUGUCUCCCCAAUCUAUCUAUUUUUCCGGAUGUUUCUCUCUAUCUAUCCCUCUCUCUCUUAUAUAUCUCCUCAUUAUCAAUCUAUGACCACUUUCUCUAUAUCCCCUCUCUCCUCUAUCUGUACUUUCUAUCUCUCCUCUUUCUUUAUCUCUCAUUUGUCUAUACAUAUAUCUGUUUUCUCCUGUAUAUCUCUCUAUAUAUCUCCCCACUCUUCAUCUCAUCUGUUUCCCAAUCUAUCUAUUUUUCCGGAUGUUUCUCUUAUCUAUCCCUCUCUCUCUUAUAUAUGCACAUUUCUCUCGUUCUAUCUGAUUUUCUUUCUCUAUAUCUCACAUGUGAAUCAUCCACAGCAUCCUUUUCUUUUAUUUUAAUUCUAGACGAACUUUUUCCCUUCCUGAUACAGUCAAUACAUUGUCCUCUAAACAUUUUCACACUUUCCUCUCAAUCCACAUUCUCGUCUAUUCAGUUUUAUUCUUUCAUUAUUGAGCACAUCUUCGCGACUUCUUUGGAUCACAUGUGCAAGUAA